AUGGCCGGCAACACCACUCAGAAACUGGCAGUUCUGAUUGAUUCUGACAACGCUCAGCCAUCUAUGGCGAGGCUUUUACUGGCGGAAGUGGCAAAAUAUGGCACAGCUCAUGUAAAGCGGGCUUACGGGGAUUGGACUAGUACCAACUUGAGUGGGUGGAAGGAGGAGCUCCUCAGACAGUCUAUUCAGCCAAUACAGCAAUUCGCUUACACUCACGGAAAAAAUGCAACUGACUCAGCGAUGAUCAUAGAUGCGAUGGACCUCCUGUAUCUUGGUCGUUUUGAUGGUUUCUGUCUCGUCUCAAGUGAUAGCGAUUUCACACGGCUGGCCGCUCGUAUUCGCGAAUCUGGAUUAACUGUAUAUGGGUUUGGGGAACACAAAACACCGAAGCCCUUCGUCGCUGCCUGUGACAAGUUUAUUUAUAUCGAAAAUCUUAUUUACAACAAGGAACUUGUACCCCAUCCUGACAGGAUUAUGAUGCCGAGAAAUCAUGUUCCAGUGCGACAAGCAGAAGGAGACGUCGAUUUCAUAAAUCUGCUACAUACGACGAUAGAAACCGCCUCCGACGAUGAUGGAUGGGCUGAGCUCUCCAAUAUUGGCAAUUUGCUGACAAAAAAACACCCCGAGUUCGACUCUCGAACCUACGGGUAUUCCAAAAUCAGCGAUUUACUCUCUGCCUUGCCACAAUUUGAUGUCAUCCGAUAUCCUCCUCGGAAAGGUAAACCAAAAGGAAUUUACGUACGCGAUAAGCGCCGGAAGCCCAAGAAUUCUUCCGAUUGA